CUUCGUGUGCGGUUCAUAAGGAUACGGGCUGAAAACCUGAAAGAAGCCAAAAGCAAUAAGCAUAGUGUUUCAAAAACAAUGAAAAGCAUCUGGGAUAAAUUUAGUACAGGAGUUAAACAAGACACGCCUGCAUCAAGAAAACCAAAAAACAAUAACGAAGAAGUGACGAAGAAGCCUAACGCAAGUCCAGAAUGUUCCACUGACUGCAGCCCGGUCAAAGAGGUACCCGUCACAACCACUGCCACCACAACUGCCAGCAGCCAAGAACCGGUAUCAACAACUGCGUCUCAUCAAUCAGCACAAGAAGACACACAUUCGGAGAUCCUGUUACCUAAUACAGCAGAUCACCAACAAAAAAGCCAGUGUCCUUCACCAAAAAUGUAUUCGAGCGGGCUAGAAAACUGUCAUGAAUGGAUUAAUGAGUACUCUCAAACCGAGAGUGAUUGGAACGAUGAAGAAGAAGAAGAUUAUUGUAGUUAUAAUUGGGUUAGUGACAUUGCUCGCCCACGAAGCGAUUGGGAAUGCAUGAGGCAGGAAAGGUACGAAGAGAUGCUUCAUCUUCAACCCUCCAAUCAAGACAUUUCGCAACUUUUGGAAAGAAAAACUGUUUCGGGUUUUCUUUCAAGUGAUCAGAGGAGCAUGUUAGACCAGUUAAUGGUGACUCGCGCACAAAGCAUUUCAAGAACAGAAACCAAAAAAGAAGAAAAACAUGAAGAAAGUGAGUUCACUGAUCAAACCGCGGGUUCAUCCCCACCAACGCGAUCACCAGCUCUACAAGAAAGAUCAAGAAAUCAUCAUCAUCGUCGUCGUCAUUGUAGUCAACAUCACCCUUCCCUUGAUAUGGAAUUCAUAUAUGAUUUAAGAAAACAUAUGGAGCAAAUUCAUCAAGAACUCAUGGAAUUAAGGAAAGCAGUAACCAGUUGUGUCAACAUGCAGAUCAAGAACCAACAGCAGCCAAUUCAAAAGAAGAGAAGCGAGCAAACCAGCCCGACCCGCAGCUGCUGUGUAUGUUAUACAAUGCAAGCAGACUCAUUUCUGUACAGAUGCGGGCAUAUGUGUGCAUGCUACGAUUGCGGUCUAGAGUUGCAAUGUACCAGUGGUAAAUGCCCGAUAUGUGAGGAUCCGAUUUUGGAUGUUGUAAGGGCAUGUGCUUAUGGUGGUGACUAGUUGUUGCUUGUAGCUAAUUGCUAGUUAAAAUCGCUUAGAUCUAAUGUAUUUAAAACUUUUUCUUUCACCACAUUAUGGUUGAGGAGAGGUUGUUUUUGUAAAAGGAGAUCAAUGCACCUUUAAACGUGUUACACAUCACCGAUGGAUCUAAAGCGGU